AUGUCAUCGAUAUCGACUUUGGAGUUUGCUUGGGAGAAUCGAUCGUUGUGGCCGAGAGCAACAUGGUUUUGCUGUCGAGUUGCUUACACGAAUAAACUCGAGUUGCUCAAGUGGGCGCGAGAGGAGAAAGAGUGUAGGUGGGAUACAGCGACGAUUAGUGCGGCAGCAUUACAAGGUAAUCUAGAAAUGGUAAAGUAUUGCGUUGCAAAUGAAUGUCCUAUCGAUGUGAGGGCGUGUGCAUAUGCUGCCGAAAUGGGUCAUCUCGAGUGCCUCAAAUACUUACGCGAAGAAGUCAAAGCGCCUUGGGGUGAGAGUACUUCCUCAUUGGCGGCUUUAAAUGGUCAUCUUCAUAUACUCGAAUAUCUUGUUGAGCGUAAAUAUGAUGAAUAUAACGAAGAUGCGUGUGCGAGUGCAGCCGAAUUCGGCCACUUGGACUGUCUGAAGUACUUGCGCGAAACCGCCAAAGCGCCUUGGGACAGUGACGCCGUACGCUCCGCGCACAAGAGAAACCACCCCGAGUGUGUACAAUACCUCCUCGACAACAACUGCCCUUUGCCAGAUGGUUGGCGAUACGAAGAUGGAGAGUUACACGUGCCAGAAUCAGAAUCAGAAACAGAAACAGAAUAA